AUCACCUGCCCCAUCCUAACUUUUGCUUCUUAUUACACGUUUCCUGCUCCUCCCUGAGCUUAUUCUUCUUCCUGUCUUAAAAGCCAUCUCUUAAUCAUAAUGGUUUUCGACCAUCAUAUAUUUAUGUAUAUCUGAUUUCAGGUUGUUCAUAUAUAUAUAUAUAUAUAUGAAAAGAAUGGAGAGUUGUACGAUGGGUGUGUCAAGGUCAUUAAUGAAACUCGAUAGGAGAUCAAGCAAUUGGGUCAGAGCAGUGAGAUUUGGAAAAGCAGAAACGAGGAAGAUUGUAGAGAGAAGAUCAUCAAAGGCAAAGGUGAGUGGGAGUGGAAAAUCAAUAACAAUUAGCAGAAAGAAAGAUUGGAGGGGAUGGAGGAAAGUGGGUGAUGAUGAGAAUGAGAAUUACAGUGAGGUGGAGAGGAGUCUCCGUGUUGGGUGGUUUGUUGUUUGUUUACAGAUGCGUGUAGUGUUGGACAAUACCAAAUGGUCUUACUUUGGCGGCUUCACGUUGGACAAACAGAGGGAAAGAAGGGAGAGAACAGCUUCAUGGCUGCGGGAACUUUGUUUGGAGCUUGGUCCAACUUUUAUCAAAUUAGGACAACUAUCCUCAACUAGAUCAGAUCUUCUUCCACCUGAAUUUAUCCACCAACUCUCUAAGCUGCAGGAUAGAGUCCCUUACGUUUCGGCAGAGAAAGCAAGAGGCAUCAUUGAGAGCCAACUUGGGGCCCCUAAUGGCCAUUUGUUCAAGGAAUUUGAGGACCGCCCGAUCGCCUCCGCUAGUCUUGGUCAGGUUCAUCGGGCAGUGCUACACAACAGAGAGAAAGUUGUCGUGAAAGUUCAGCGGCCCGGUCUCAAGAGACUUUUCGACAUUGAUUUAAAGAAUCUAAAGCUAAUCGCACAGUAUUUUCAAGCAAGUGAAACAUUUAGUGGUGCAACAAGAGAUUGGAUCGCCAUUUAUCAAGAAUGUGAAAGGAUCUUGUAUCAAGAAAUCGACUACAUAAAUGAAGCCAAAAAUACCGAUACAUUUCGUCGGAAUUUUCGCAAUAUUAACUGGGUUCGAGUGCCUGCGGUGUUUUGGGAUUAUACUGCCUCAAAGGUAUUGACGAUGGAAUACUUACCAGGUAUUAAGAUCAUAGAUUUGAAUGUGAUAGAUUCACGGGGUUACUCUCGUUCUCAAAUUGCAUCACUCCUCACUAAAUCCUAUCUGAUUCAGGUUCUAGAGCAUGGGUUCUUUCACGCUGAUCCUCAUCCGGGAAAUCUUGCAAUUUCUGUGGAUAGAGCACUUAUCUACUAUGAUUUUGGAAUGAUGGGGGAGAUCACAUCAAUCACUCGUCAAAGGUUGCUUAACCUUUUAUAUGCAGUUCAUGAGAAGGAUUUAACAAAGGUCAUCAAAUGCCUCAUAGCUCUUGAAGGACUCAAACCCACAUCAGACAUAUCAUCGGUGAGAAGAUCUCUGCAGUUCUUUUUGGAGCAUUCACAAAUCCAUGAGCAUGAUCAUCAACGAACCUUGAAUGCAAUCGGAGAGGACUUGUUUACAGUAGUUAAUGAUCAAUCCCUCCAACUUCCAUCAACAAUUACUUUUGUUCUGAAGGCAUUUUCAACACUUGAAGGUGUUAGCUACACCCUGGAUCCAACCUUUUCUUUCCUGAAGGUUGCUGCCCCUUAUGCCCAGGAGCUUAUCAUUAAACGAGAACAGCAUCGCACCCAGAGACUAGAGGAUCUUAGGAAACAAGCUGAUGAUGUAAGAACUUGGACAACAUCAAUGCCAUACAAAGUUCAGCAAAUACACCAAUUCAUGAGUGAACUUGAAUCAGGAGAGUUAAAACUUGGUGCUCGGGUACUUGAGUCUGAAAGAGCAGCUAAGAGAUCAAGCAGAAUGCAGAUGGCAACCAUGUAUGCAGUGUUAGGAAGUAUCCUGGUAGAGCUUGGGGUUACGCUCACUGUUCUCAUUGAAGGUAGCCAAGCAAUUGCAAAUGUGUCAUUUUUUGGGGCAGAUUAUAUGACGAAUUACUUUCCGAAAAUACAGGAGUUUGUAUGAUGCUUUUUCUUUGGUCAAUGCAAAAAGUGAAGCACCUGGAUGAAUUUGAGAAAAUGAUAUGACCCUUGGGCUCUGAAAGUCGAGGUUUGUCACAUAAGUUUGAUAAAUAUAUGUAAUUAUCAAUAUUCUAUCAUUUAAUUGUCCAACUUUACAUAUGAACUCGAAGAACAAGAAAUUGUGUUCUUUUAAUUUUUUAAAUGUUAAAUUGCUUAAAAUCUAGAAAGC